AUGGGCUCCUGCUCUGCCACCACAGCACAGAGCGACCCGUGGUGGAAAGUGGAUCUGGGACGAAACUACAAAAUAAAUGCAGUCAUUAUAACCGGCAAAGACCAGCAUCCUUUGAAUGGAGUCGAGAUCUGGGUGGACGCUUCCAAAACUCCCAAUGUCACCAGCUUCAGGUGUGGAGUGAUCCCUGUGUUUGGUGAGCCGUUAUCCGGAUACUUGUCCUGUAACGGUGCAGAAGGGCAGUUUGUGCGUCUGCUUCUGCCAGGAGCCAACCUAAAACUCGAGCUCUGUGAAGUCCAAGUUUACUCCACAGAUUUUGCCUACCCUCAGCCCAACGUGGCGGUGAAAGGACGCGCGGUGCAGUCGUCCACGCUGUAUCCCGCCGAGGCCCACAGAGCCAUAGACGGAAGAAGAGACACGUUUUACACAGAGGGCAGCUGCAGCCACACAGCUCCACAGAGCGACCCCUGGUGGAGAGUGGACCUCGGACAGCCUUUCAUCGUGUCCAAUGUGAAAGUCACCAACAGAGGAGACUGCUGUGCCGACAGGCUGGACGGGGCACAGAUACGCAUCGGAAACUCCCUAAAGAACAAUGGCAAUGAUAAUCCCUGGUGCACUAAUGUCACUCACAUACCUCUGGGAAACACCUUCACCUUCACCUGUAAAUCCACUGGAACGACCGGCCGCUACGUGAACCUGCUCCUCUCUGGAGAAAUGAGGAUUCUGACGCUGUGCGAGGUGGAGGUGUACGCAGACCCAGCAGUGGAAGCCUUGUCAAACAUCGCCAAUUACAAACCAGCAUUGCAGUCGAGCACCAAAAAAGUAUGGGAUGUAUUUAGUUUUCUCGAUGCAGGCGCACAUAAAGUCGUGCAAACGUGCAGGACUCAUAGAUUCGACAAGCUCUGCUGCAGUCAGACUCACACAUGGAGAAACCCCUGGUGGAGAGUGGACCUCGGUGCGCCCUACAGGGUCAGCGCCGUCGUCCUCCACAAUCGCCACGACUGCUGCUCUAGCUACAUCAUCGGCGCACAAAUCAGAAUCGGAAACAGUCGUACUAUUGGACAAAACCCAGUCUGUUCCACGAUCACCAAUGCAGACCUGAAACAGACCUUCUACUGUUCAGAGAUGGAAGGACAAUAUGUGUCUGUGAACAUAAAAGAAAUAACGACACUAACUUUUUGUAGAGUGGAGGUCUAUGGUUCUCGAGUGGAUCGGGGGCCGGCGGUGCAUCUGGUGGGAGGCCGCUUGUGCUGGUCGGACGCAUUGUUCUACUGCAGACGGCACCACUGGGACCUCCUCAGUGUCCAGAGUCAUGACGAACAGACCCAGGUGGAGCAGCUCAUCGCAAAGAGUGUCUAUCCCCUCUCUGAGAACGUGUGGCUGGGCCUGCGCAGAGAAUUGAUGGGGAUGCGGUGGUUCUGGAUGUCGGGGGAAGCGUUGACAUUUAAUCAAUGGAGACUGUUCCCUCCUCUGUUCCCAAACCCGUGCGGUGGUGUGGGCCGUACGGACGGUCUCUGGAGCCCGCUGUCCUGUGCAGAACACAACAACUUCCUUUGCCAAUCAGCUCCUGCUCAGAGCUCUACAAAAGUGUAUUACUACAGCAGCAAGAUGCCAAGAGUCUAA